GCGCUCAAAUUAAAUUCCUGUAAUUUAAACCAGUCCUCCUUACCAAAACAAAAAAACAAACAAAAAAACCCAGCUUCUACAUCUCAAUUUUCGUGGAGCGGACAAAUGGUAAAAACGCAGGUGUCGGGUUUCAACUAGAACCGACCGUAUCUAAUCACUCCCCAGCUUCUAGAUUCCCAGCUUUUUUAUUUUGUAUGUUUUGUUCAGGAUUCCAGGCCGUUUUAAACAACAACCCCCCAAAUCAUUUGAGAGCUCGAGACAACAAUCACCUCUCACAUUUUGUCUCGGUAUACGGAAAUUGACACAGAAAAAAAUUUGUCAAAUUACAAUUUCUGUAAUGAUGUCGUGUAUCCGUCGGGUAUGGGCCGGCGCCGGAACGCCGGAUAUUAGGAUCCGGGAACAUCCGCGAGCGUCGGAGAUCCCGCAUCUCCCCCGCAAAUUCCGCUGGAAUCAACGGCCAGAAAUCGUCCUCCGGACGACACCGUCUAAGCAUUUGCGGAAGGUGGUGUGGGCGGUGGAGGCGGCGGGACCCGGAGGAGCGUGGGAUCGAUCGGACGGGGGAGAUGGAACGGAUAGCUCGAAGGCGGGGCUGUGCUCGUACGCGGUGGGGGAGUAUCGGACGGCGGAGCAGGAAGGUGCGAGGAGUCAGGAUCGGAGAGUGGACGUGGCUGUUGCAGCGGCGGUUACGGUGGUUCUGGGUGUAGGCAAUCGGGUGCUUUAUAAGCUGGCCUUGGUUCCUCUCAAGCACUACCCUUUCUUUCUCGCUCAGCUCGCCACUUUCGGAUAUGUAAUUGUAUAUUUCUCAGUCUUGUAUCUCCGGUACCGUGCUGGUAUUGUCACAGAUGAGAUGCUUUCCAUGCCAAAAGCUCCAUUUCUUGCUGUUGGCCUCUUGGAAGCUCUUGGUGCUGUUACUGGAAUGGCAGCUGGAGCAAUUCUUUCUGGAGCAUCAAUUCCAGUAUUGUCUCAGACGUUUCUUGUUUGGCAAAUUCUCCUGUCAAUUAUUUUCCUUGGAAGGAGAUAUAAGGUCAAUCAACUUUUGGGGUGCUGUUUUGUAGCCAUUGGUGUAAUCAUAACUGUAGCGAGUGGAUCUAGUGCUGGACAUUCAUUAAAAGAAGCUGGUAUUUUUUGGAGUCUUCUCAUGAUAGUUUCAUUUUUGUUCCAAGCAGCUGAUACAGUGCUGAAGGAAGUAAUUUUUCUGGAUGCUCGUCAGCGAUUAAAGGGAAGUUCGGUGGACCUAUUUGUUGUAAAUUCCUUUGGGUCUGCUUUUCAAGCAAUAUUUAUAUGCCUUCUCUUACCUUUUUUGUCCAAAUUAUGGGGUAUUCCAUUUGGUCAAUUGCCAAACUAUCUCAAAGACGGUGCAGCUUGCUUUCUAAAUAUGGGUACCUUAUCAAGUGGAUGCGAUGGUGCCCCCUUACUUCCUUUGCUGUUUGUUGUUGUCAACAUGGGUUUUAACAUAUCAUUGCUGCAUCUUCUCAAGAUAUCUUCUGCAGUGGUAUCUUCCCUCGCAUCAACAUUUUCAGUGCCAAUAUCUGUAUACGUCUUCACAUUGCCGCUACCGUACCUAGGUGUUGCAGCCUCGUUGCCGACAGGCUUUGUUUCUGGAACCAUUAUUCUUGUAAUUGGCUUGCUCAUCUAUGCCUGGACACCUUCAGUCUAUCCAACUAGUGCCUCCCCAUCUCCUCCUAAUGUAUGAUCGUUGAUAUCAGCAUAUUGCGGCUUAAGCCGAAAUGCAAGACAUCGGUCUUUUCAUGGUCAUGGCAGAUUACAGGAAGACAUAGAAGGUUGUAAUUCUUGUUCGCGAAAUAUGUCCAUUCAUUAUCCUUCAUUCACAAGCAAUAGAAAAGAAGGAAUAAGCCUUCACAUUAAAAAAGGACAAGGAAAAAAAAAUGAAGGGUUUCUUAGAUCUAGGUCCAAUAUGAUUAGUUGUCAUUGGAUUUAGUCUACACGUUUUUAGUUUUAGAUGGAGAUCCUUUGACAUUUAUUAUUUUUUUGUGGUGUUGAUUUUACCCUUAGAGGUAAAUAAGGAAAAAAACAUUGAAAAUCUAAAUUUAAUGCAUUUUAUUGCAAUUGAAUUUUAGAAUUUUAA